CAUCCAAAAAACAUCAUUAAGAUAUAUAAUAAUUAUAUCAUUUAUAUAUAUAAGAUAAUAAUAAUUAAUAUGGUGCAUAUAAAAGUUAUUUUGUUGUUUCUCAUUUCCUCGUCAACAAUUCUUUGUUGCUCUCGUUCUGUCGCCGCCGCCCCCUUCAAUGUCUUAACCUAUGGUGCCAAAGGUGACGAGACAACCGACGACACUCAGGCAUUUGAAAAGGCGUGGGCAGAUGCGUGUAAAGCAGAGGGAUCCACAUUGUUGGUACCGUCGGGGCAUAAGUUCCUCGUGGGCCAGAUCUCAUUAGUAGGCCCAUGCAAAACAAAUAUGAUAUUCCAGCUUGAUGGGCAAAUCAGCGCUCCAAGUGUAACCUCAAAGACAUGGGGAGCUGGAGGCACCCUUCAAUGGCUGGAGUUCAAAAACCUGAAUGGAUUUACAAUCACUGGCCAAGGAACCAUUGAUGGGAAGGGCUCUGGCUGGUGGUCUUCUUCUUCUUCUAAAUCAUCAUCAAACUCUCUACUCAUGAAGGACGACGACGACCACAUUAAUUAUAAUAAUAUCUCUUUCGGGGGUCUUAAAAUUCCAAGCACUAAGCCAACUGCAUUACGAUUCUACGGAUCUCAAGGAGUCACGGUAACUGGAAUCCAAUUCAUCAAUAGCCCAAAGGCCCACCUCAAGUUUGAUAGUUGUACCAACGUCGCGGUGAACAAGGUUAAAAUUACGUCUCCCGAGACCAGUCCCAACACAGACGGAAUUCACUUGCAGAACACCAAGGGCGUCACCAUUCAAGGCUCAACCAUCGCUUGCGGGGAUGACUGCAUUUCCAUACAGUCCGGAUGCAGCGGCGUGAACAUCAACGGCGUGACCUGUGGACCUUCUCACGGGAUCAGCAUCGGAGGCCUCGGAAAGGACAAGUCCAAAGCUUGCGUCUCCAACGUCACCGUCACCGACUCCACCAUCAAAACGUCUUUGACUGCCGUCAGGAUCAAGACUUGGCAGGGGGGAUCGGGGUCAGUCAGCGGCGUCAAGUUCUCCAACAUUCAGUGCCAGGCGGUGAAGACGGCGAUCAUGAUAGAUCAGUUUUACUGCGACGGAAACGGAAACCAUUGUGCGAACCAAACAUCGGCCGUGGAUGUGAGCGACGUGUCGUUCCAGGGCAUAAAGGGCACCUACACCGUGAAGCCCGUCCAGCUAGCGUGCAGUGAGUCCCUCGGGUGCACGGGCAUCACAUUGGGAGGCAUAAAUCUCACGCCUGCCGGGACCGCCGCGUCUCCUCCGUCGUGCCUUGACACGUACGGGCAAGUCACCGGGGCCACUACCCCGCCCAUCAAUUGCCUCAAGACCGGAAAGCAACCUAAGAAGAAUGCUGCAACAUGCUAAUUAUGUUAUACACAUUAUUACUCUUCUUAGACUAUUGAUUGCGUGCAAUUAUGGAUCUAAGCUCUAUCAAUUCAAUAACCUAAUAAAAUAGUAUACUUUAA